CAGGGGAUUCCAGGAUACAUGGGAUUUGUAGUUUUUUAGUGAAACCGGAAGCAGAAGGUUCACGCUCUCUGCAGCGUCCAGGAGCUCCAGCUGCUGCUCUCCUCUCCCGGUCUCCUCCUCCCUGGUAUGUCCGCCGUCAGAGCGCUGAGGAGCCGCCGGCUCCUCCGGCAGGUGUCCCCCGUCCUUCAGGCCUCCCUCGGCAGACAUUACAGCCUGGACGUCCCCGCCGCGCUGCUCCGGACUCAGGGCUACCUGGGCGGCCGCUGGGUCUCUGCAGCCUCGGUGUUCCCGGUUCUGGACCCGGCCACCGGACAGGAGCUGACCCAGGUGUCGGACUGCGGGCCCGCAGAGGCCAAGCAGGCGGUAGAGGCCGCCUACGAGGCGUUUCAGUCCUGGAAGCGCACCACAGCCAAGGAGAGGAGCGUCCUGCUGAGGAAAUGGUCCGACCUGCUGCUGCUGCACCAGCAACACCUGGCCGCAAUCAUCACCUGUGAGUCUGGUAAACCUCUGCCGGAGGCCCUGGGCGAGGUGUCGUACUCGGCCUCCUUCCUGCAGUGGUUCUCAGAAGAAGCUCGCCGAGUUUACGGCGACAUCGUUCCGUCUCCCGCCGCGGACCGCAGGCUGCUGCUCCUCAAGCAGCCAGUAGGAGUCGCCACCAUCAUCACACCGUGGAACUUCCCCAGCGCCAUGAUCACCAGGAAGGUUGGCGCCGCCCUGGCCGCCGGCUGCACCGUGGUGGUGAAGCCGGCCGAAGACACGCCGCUGUCCGCCCUGGCUCUGGCCGAGCUGGCGCAGCAGGCGGGCAUCCCGCCGGGCGUGGUCAACGUGGUUCCCUGCUCCAGGGAGAAGAUGGCCGCCGUGGGCCGGGUUCUGUGCUCCGACCCGCUGGUGGCCAAGAUCUCCUUCACUGGAUCCACGGCAACCGGGAAGGUGUUGCUGAAAAUGGCCGCCGACUCGGUCAAGCGGGUUUCCAUGGAGCUGGGAGGCCACGCCCCCUUCAUCGUGUUCAACAGCGCCGACCUGGAGCGCGCGGUGGGCGGAGCCAUGGUCUCCAAGUUCAGGAACUCCGGACAGACCUGCGUGUGCUCCAACCGCUUCCUGGUCCAGAGCGGGAUCUACGAUCGCUUCCUGGACGGGCUGGGCCGCGCCAUGGACGCCGAGCUGCGUCUGGGCCACGGGUCGGAACCGGACACCACGCAGGGACCGCUCAUCAACGUCAGAGCAGUGGAGAAGGUGGUCCAUCAGAUAACGGACGCCGUGUCUCGUGGCGCCCGGGUUCUGCGAGGCGGGAAGCGUUUGGACGGGUCGUUCAUGGAGCCGACCCUACUGGCGGACGUCACCACUGACAUGCUGUGUACGCAGGAGGAGACGUUCGGACCGCUGGUUCCAGUCAUCAGGUUCGAGACAGAAGAAGAAGCUCUGGCCGUGGCCAACGCUGCCAACGUCGGGCUGGCAGGAUACUUCUACUCGCAGGACGUGGGCCAGAUCUGGCGGGUGGCCGAGGCGCUGGAGGUGGGCAUGGUGGGGGUCAACGAGGGCCUCCUGUCCGUCGCCGAGGCCGCCUUCGGUGGGGUCAAACAGUCCGGCCUGGGCCGGGAGGGAUCCAAGUACGGCAUCGACGAGUAUCUGGAGGUCAAGUACAUGUGCUUCGGAGGCCUGAGACCCUGAACCGGGCCGGAGCUGGUACCGGCGCCGGAGGACAGGAAGGAGUGAGAGCUGCUGAUCAACAUGACCCAGGAAGCUUCCCAACCCUCCAGCACGUCUGCUGCCAUCAUUAAUAAUUAUAGUCAUUUAGAUUUUAAUGGACUUUACAUUUUAAAGUCUCAACAUUCGACUGGGUAAAAAUAAAAAUACUAAAACAGGAUCAAAUAUGUGGUAAAUAUAAAACUAAUCAAAAAUCCUAAAAAAUAAUGAACUAAAUACCAGGAUUAAUAACUAAAUAAAUGUACAGAAACUCUAAAAUCACCAUGAAUUAUUAUUGCUGAUUUUUCUACAUAAGUGACGUUUUUAUGUCUUAAAUUGUUCAACUUUCCUGCUGCCUGGUUCCACUAAUUAAAGGUUCUGUGUGUAGAGAACACUGCCAUCUGGCGGUCAGGUAAGGUACUGCAGCCGUUAGGUUUAAUGACCUCAUUUCCUCAGACUGAUCAUGUUAAACGUGGUUUUGUCAUUUCUGACCUGAAAGUGAUUUUUUUUUUAUUUGAAAGGACUAAGCUCCGCCCACUUUUACGCAUCACAUCCUAGAAGCUGUUGGAUUGGACCCAGACUUCCUGAACCCUUUGAUGCAUUCAGGCAACAAUGUGCAGAAAAAAAACAAAUGAAGUUGGAGUUUCAUGUUGACUUUAAUCUGAAGAAUUUUGGAUGAAUCCAGAAUCUGGAACCGGGUCGGUUCUGCUGCAGAUAGAGAUCUGUGGGUUUCUUGGAUUCUAGAUGUUUAGUUAGUAACAAAAUGUCUCGGAUUAUUCUGGAAAACUUUGCUGUUUAGGUUUUUGUACGUUUGUGUUUGAUCUGAAAUAAAGUGACGGAUGAAUUCA